AUGCUACUUAGGAAAUUCAUAGCUGUUAUUUUACUAUUUGUAAGAUAUUCCUUUGCAGAUUGUACAUCUUAAGAUUACAUAAACUCUUUAAGUUAAAAAAGCGGUCACCCCUUUUAUGGAUAUUAGUGUUAGUAUGAGUUUAAUACUACCUCUACAAAAGAGUAUAUUGAAAAAAGCUCUAACUUAGCUUUUUUUAAUGGAAAAGAGUAUGUAAAAGGAGAUUUAAUAAAAAAUACUAAUUGUGGAAUAGAAUAUUUUGGUCUUGGUGAUACUUAAACCAAUUCUAAAAUAUAAAUUUAAUCUAGUUUUAAAAAAAAAGGAUUUAAUGCGCUAAAUUUUUAAUUAAAUUUAGUAUUAUAAUUGAUUGGCACAAAUAGUUAUGAUUCAAGCAAAAUUAAUGUAGAUAUAAAUAAUUCUGGUAUUUUAUGUGAUGUUGAACCUUUAAAAUGUAGCGAAUAAAUGUAUUAACUUUACUGCAAUAUUGAUGAAAUAUAGUUUAUUGAUUAAACUUAAUACAAUUCUACCUUUAAAGUAAAUAAUUUCGAAUAAUAUAAUCUUUACUUAGUGAACUAUACAGCUAUUACCUAUGCCCAAUGUAAAAAUGAUAUUGCUUAUGGAUUUUGUGAUUAUAAUGGUCUUUAAAGUUGUUAUUAAGGUUUAGAAUUAAAAUCUUAAAAUGGAUAAAAAAUAUGUUAUACAAAAUCAUGUUAAAAGGGAGAAACAACUUUUUACGGUAUUGGUUGUUAUAAAUGCGAUUCUAGUUGUUUAUCUUGUGAUGAUGGUGUUGGCUGUAUUUGCUAAUAAAAUUAAUUUCUCAAAUUUAUGUUAGGUUAUCCUAGUUAAGUUGGCUGCUUGGACUGUAUGGAAAAUUGUUUAAAAUGUAUGAGCUAUAUAGAUUGCGAAUAAUGUAAAUAAGGAUUUUUCUUUGAUUAAUCUGCUAGACAAUGUAUCUAAUGUAAUUUGGUAAAUUGUGAUUAGUGCUAUGAUUUAAAUACUUGCCUGACUUGCUCAAAAGGGUACUUAAUUGAAAAUGGAUAAUGUGUAUAAAACGGUUAAAUGCAAUAAAUAAAUUCUAGUAAUUAAGUUUCUACUAUUUAAAACAAAGAAUAAACAUAAUUUUAUGAAUUUUCCUUAUUUUGGAUUUUUAUUUAUCAAACCAUUUUUUAAAUCUUUUUUUAAAUUUAUGGAUUUCAUCUUGAUAAAUAGCAAAGUAUUUCCAACAAAUAAUAACUAAAAUACUAAACAAACAGAGACACAAAAAAUGGAAAGUUAAAUGUUAGAUAGUUAUCUUAAAUACCUUUAAAUCAAGCUGUAGAUGAAAGAUCUUUAAAAACCAAACAGAAAAGUACAUCUUUAUAAAUAGAAUAAUAAUAAUAAUAAACUAUUUAGCAAGAAAACUUGUAAACUUAAUUUCAAGUAAACCUGUAGACUGAGUAAGUUGCAACUGAAAAUUACUUUGAUUAAAUUUAAACUAAAAUCGAUUUGGAAAAGUAGUAUUAACAAACUAACAUCCAAGAAUAAGUAACUAAACUCAAUAUUGAUAAUCAAAGCAAUUUAGUCCUCUAAAAUAAGGAUAGUAAAAUAAAUAUUGAUGUUUUAGGUGGAAACAAUAGGCUAUAAUAUAUCCAAGAAGAAUAGUAAAAUGAGCAAUAAGGCUAAUAAUCAAAGAUUGACUAAGCUACAUCUAAUUCUGACAAUGAUAAUUACAAAGAGUAGUAGAAUAAAUUUAUGAAGCAGAAUAGUCUUUAUAAACUUUUUUGCUUUCAUAAUUUUAUAAGUAUUUUCUUUGUUUUUGACUCAAAAAUACCACGCAUGUAAAGAUCAUCAAUAUUCUACUUAAGAGUUAUUCACGCUUUAUCAAUUUCAAGUCAUUUUGGUUAAUAUUACAGCUCUGGAGAUAUGGUAUUAACUUGCUUUGUGAGCUCAAUAAUUGUAGCUAUUUGCAUACCAAUCACAAACCUAAUUUACAGUAUUAAAAUAGUUGGUCAAUACAUUUAGACAGGAAUAUCUCUUGGUUUAUUAACCUAUUAUAUGUAUAUAAUUUCUUCAAUUUUAGCAAGUAAAGAGAGUUCAUAUACCAAUGAUAUAAUUGGCUGGUUUUUUAUAAUGCUUAUCUUUGACUUAAUUUUAGUAUCAGGUAUACAAGCUAUGUUCUAAUUAGCUUUAGUUAAUCAUAUGAUCUCAAACAAGUAUCCAAAAAAUUCACUAAUUUAGAGAUUGUUUUAAUUUUUAAAGCUAUAAGAUGUCAUAAGAAAUAUUAAUUUGUGAUUCAUGUUUAUAUAUGUUUUUUUAUGUAUUUUUUUUAAGUUUAUAAUUUUUUAAUGGACAUUCUACAUUGAUUUAAAACAAAUAAAUAUGAAAAUUUUAAUUUUAUUCUUUUGCAAAAAGGUAAAGAAAGCUAUCUUACCAAUAUCUUGGAAUUUUAAAUAAAACACUCUAGAAAUCUUCUUUUUAAUACAUAAAAAAAUACAUAACAUAGAUCUUAUGUUAGUUAUAAGUAAUAAUUAAGACAAAAGUAUAAUAUAUACAGAUAAAAAAUAUUAAUAUUUUGAAGGAUUUACAAAAAUUAAAGCCUAAAAAAAUAUGCUAAAAAAUUUGAUACAAUUUUCAAAAAUUUAACAUAGUUAACUUUUAAACAACUCUAAAAAGUUUCCAUCUAAUUUCAUUAAAACUUCUAGGUAUACAGCAGUUUCAUUCUUACCUAUGAGCUUAUUGCUAGUAAUUAUGAUUUCUUAAUAAUUAAUAAUAAAAUCAUUUUAUUUGUAAUCAUCUUUUAAUAAAGUGAAUUUUAAUAGUUUUUUACUAAUUCUUGAAAGAGAGUUCUAAACUUAUAAUAAAUCUUAUGAGAAAACUCAUAAAAUUAAUUUCUUUUAUUUAAACAAUUUAUUUUUAAAUUCGCUUUGGAUUUGCUAAUUUUUGUUUAAGAAUUCAUUUUAUAGUUAAAAAAUUAUGAAUUCUAGAAGAUUUAUUAAGUUAAUUACAUAAUUUAUAAAUAAAUAAUCUUCAGAUCUUAUUAGCAUUUUAUUAAUUAGCUAUCAACCCACUAAAAUUUAAUUAAAAAUAGCAGAAAAAUAAAUUAUUCCGAUAUUUAUUAAUAAAAGAAAAAUUAUAUGAUGUAUUAUAUAUUUUAAAGUUUAAUUUUAUUUUGUUUAUUUUUUGAUAUAUUUAUUUAUAUUUCUUUCUUUUUUGCAUUUUUUCUUUGGAUUUAUUUAAUUAAUGUUGAGGAUAUUUUAUUUUAUAGAUAUCUUAUCUGAUUAGUAAAUAUGUUAGUUUUAUGUGAUUCAAUUAUUAUAUGUUUUUUUAUUAAAUGUUUUAUUUUUAUUUUAUUUAUAUUUGUAGAUUAUUUAUUCUUUUUUAUUUAUCAUAUUAUUUAUUUUUAUUUGAUUGAGUCUCUCUGCAAUGUUUUAUGCCUAAUGCUUAAAAAAUACUUUUUAUAUAUAUUUGGAAAAAGAACUAGUCUAAUCUGCUUUAGAAUUUUUUAUUUUUUUAUUUUAAUUUUGAAAAUGUUGUGGUAUAGAUUUUGAUGAAUUUUCCAUUUUUUUAAGGGUUCGUAAUUCGACUUUUAAAAACUUAUUUGCCUAGGAUUUUGGUUGGUUUGGAUACAAAGCUUGCUAAAUUAACUAGACAUUAUGUGGAAUCUAGUUAAUACCGGCCGCCCAUGUUAAAAACACCUCUCCUUUGGAAAACUCAUCAGAUUGUCGUAUACCACGAUACAAUUGCUGUAUCAAAUUAUUUAAAGCUUUUUUUUUUCUUGCUUUUGAUUUUAAUUUU